AAAGCGCGCACACACUCUUAUUACCAUUAUCCUUCAUUUCAUCAUUUGGGUUCUUCCCAGUGCUUAAUCCACCUGUCAGCUCUGUUUGGCACCGGUUCUUCCAAAAUGUCGGAUCUUGAGGUUCCCCUUCGUCCCAAGAGGAAGAAGAAUUUGGUGGACUAUCUUGUCCAAUUCAGAUGGAUCAUUGUUAUCUUCUUCGUCCUUCCUCUCUCCUUCCUGUAUUACUUCUCCAUAUAUUUAGGGGAUGUUAGGUCUGAUUGCAAAUCUUUCAAGAAGCGUCAGAAGGAGCAUGACGAUAAUGUUAAAAAGGUUGUGAAGCGUCUAAAAGAGAGGAAUGCAUCUAAGGAUGGUCUUGUCUGCACAGCUAGGAAACCCUGGGUUGCUGUUGGAAUGAGAAAUGUGGACUACAAACGUGCUCGUCAUUUUGAAGUUGAUCUUUCUCCAUUUAGAAACGUCCUUGACAUCGACAAGGAGCGAAUGGUUGCUAGAGUUGAGCCUCUAGUCAAUAUGGGCCAAAUAUCUAGAGUUACUGUCCCUAUGAAUCUUUCCCUUGCAGUUGUCGCUGAGCUUGAUGAUCUAACUGUUGGCGGUCUGAUCAACGGCUACGGGAUUGAAGGAAGCUCUCACAUUUAUGGACUGUUCUCCGAUACUGUUGUGUCAUAUGAGAUUAUUCUAGCGGAUGGGCAGGUAGUUAGAGCUACAAAGGACAAUGAAUAUUCUGAUCUGUUCUAUGCUAUACCAUGGUCUCAAGGGACAUUGGGGCUUCUCGUUUCAGCUGAGAUCAAGCUCAUUCCUAUCAAGGAAUACAUGAAACUUACUUAUAAACCAGUAGUUGGUAAUCUGCAAGAGAUUGCGCAGGCUUAUAUAGAUUCUUUUGCACCUAGAGACGGAGAUCAGGAUAAUCCUGACAAGGUUCCAGAUUUUGUAGAAACCAUGGUGUACAAUCCCACAGAAGCUGUUUGCAUGACCGGUAGAUAUGCUUCGAAAGAAGAGGCCAAGCAGAAGGGCAAUGUGAUCAAUAGUGUCGGUUGGUGGUUCAAACCCUGGUUUUACCAGCAUGCUCAAACUGCCCUGAAGAGGGGGGAAUUUGUAGAGUACAUUCCAACUAGGGAAUACUACCACAGGCACACAAGGUGCUUGUAUUGGGAAGGGAAACUUAUCCUUCCAUUUGGCGAUCAGUGGUGGUUUAGGUAUCUUUUAGGAUGGCUCAUGCCGCCCAAGGUUUCUCUACUUAAAGCUACUCAAGGCGAGGCCAUUAGGAACUAUUACCAUGACAUGCAUGUCAUUCAGGAUUUGCUUGUUCCUCUUUACAAGGUUGGAGAUGCUCUCGAGUGGGUCCACCGUGAGAUGGAGGUGUAUCCCAUCUGGCUCUGCCCACACCGACUCUACAGGCUGCCAUUGAAAACCAUGGUGUAUCCUGAACCAGGGUUUGAGCUGCACCGCAGGCAAGGUGACUCACCAUCUGCUCAAAUGUACACCGAUGUUGGUGUCUACUAUGCUCCCGGACCUGUUUUGAGGGGUGAGGUCUAUGAUGGUGCAGAGGCAGUCCGUCAGUUGGAGAAUUGGUUGAUCGAAAACCACGGAUUUCAGCCACAAUAUGCUGUCUCCGAGCUGACAGAGAAGAACUUCUGGAGGAUGUUUGAUGGCGGCCUAUACGAACACUGCAGGAAAAAGUACAGAGCCAUUGGAACAUUCAUGAGCGUGUACUAUAAGUCCAAGAAAGGAAAGAAGACGGAGAAGGAGGUGCAAGAUGCUGAGCAAGAAACAGCUGAACUUGAGACCCCUGAAGUUGAUGAGCCCGCGGAUUGAAUUUAGAUUGGUUUUCAUGGACUUCUCUCUACUUUUCUCAGUUCUGUUGUGCAGUGUCUGAAUUAUCUAUCUGUUAGUUCCCUUUGUCUGUUUGCCUGUAAUGGCAGCUUUGACUUUCCUUUUAAUCAGCUAGACUGGAUUUAGUUAAACUAUUGAUUUGGUGCUAAACUAGAAUUUGUGUUGAAACUUGAUGGAAAGCCAUGUUUCAUAUGCUGUUUGUAUUUUGAUAUGCUAUGAUUUCUCCUUCA